AUGGCUGGUAUUGGUUUUGGAUCAAAAACACACUUGGAUUCAGGGUUGCUACAAGCGGCGCUGGUAGCGGUCCUGGUGGUGGCGACGCGCGGCGUGGUGGUGACGUCCACCGCACGCGCAGCCCAGCGUCGGCUCAUCAAAGUCGACUUUGACAAUCUUGAGGUAAUUACACUUUCUCACUCGCCUGCACCUGCAUAUGUACGAGUACGUUGGGUGUAA